AUGGCAGCUAAAAACAUCUUUUUAUAUUGGGUAUCUGGAAGUCCAGCAUGCUGGAUAGUUAUGACUGCAUUGGAAGAGAAGGGUUUAUCAGGAUAUGGAAAUAAAUUAGUUUCCUUCAGUGAUAUGGAACACAAGUCAGAAGAAAUUAUAAAGUUGAACCCACGUGGACAGGUACCAACAUUCAAACAUGGUGAUAUCAUUCUGAAUGAGUCGAAAGGAAUUUGCCAUUACUUGGAGAAUCAGUUCAAGAAGCAAGGUACGCAAUUAAUUCCUGAUGAUGCAGCAAAACAAGCACUUGUCUUACAAAGAAUGUAUGAGAAGUUAAGUCUUACUGCAGAUGUAAAAAACUCAUGUAAACAGACCGAAAAGCAAUUCAGAUGCCUGUCUGCCAAAUUAGUAGGUCUCACAUUUAUUGUAAUAUCUAAAUAA